AUGUCUCGCGAAGGAUUUCAGAUUCCUGUUAAUUUAGAUGCAGCUGCUGCCGGUACCUCGCAAGCUAAGACUGCUACUUUGAAAUAUAUCUGUGCCGAGUGCUCUGCGACCUUGUCGCUGUCCAGAACAGACCCGGUGCGUUGUAAGGAGUGUGGUCACAGAAUUCUGCUAAAAGCCAGAACAAAGAGAAUGGUUCAAUUUGAAGCAAGGUAG